UCACUAGGGUCAGACAUGGAAGAUGGACCUUCUAAUAAUGCUAGCUGCUUUAGAAGGUUUACAGAGUGUUUCCUGAACACGAGUCUUACAGAUGAAAAAGUGAAGGCCUAUCUUUCUCUUCACCCCCAGGUACUCGAUGAAUUUGUUUCUGAAAGUGUAAGUGCCGAGACAGUUGAAAAAUGGCUGAGGAAGAAAAACAACAAACAGGAUGAAUCUAGGCCUGCAGAUGUGGGGAAGUACCGGGAUACAAAUAUGCAAGGCGUUGUAUAUGAACUAAAUAGCUAUAUAGAACAGCGAUUGGAUACAGGAGGAGACAACCAGCUGCUACUCUAUGAAUUGAGUAGACUCAUCAAAAUAGCCACAAGAGCAGAUGGAUUUGCACUAUAUUUUCUGGGGGAAUGCAAUAAUAGUCUAUGUAUGUUCACACCACCUGGAAUAAAGGAAGGAAAACCACGACUCAUCCCAGUUGGACCAAUUGUGCAGGGUACAACAAUAUCUGCUUAUGUAGCCAGAUCAAGGAAAACAAUGCUAGUAGAAGAUAUUCUUGGGGAUGAACGAUUUCCCAAAGGUAUUGGACUGGAAUCAGGGACACGUGUCCAGUCUGUUCUUUGUUUACCAAUUGUUACUGCAAUUGGUGACCUCAUUGGUGUUCUUGAACUAUAUCGGAACUGGGGCAAAGAUGCUUUCCAUAUCUGCCACCAAGAGAUUGCAACAGCAAAUCUUGCCUGGGCCUCAGUAGCAAUACAUCAAGUACAAGUAUGCAGAGGCCUUGCCAAACAGACUGAACUGAAUGACUUCCUACUUGAUGUAUCAAAAACCUAUUUUGAUAACAUAGUCGCAAUAGAUUCUCUCCUUGAACACAUAAUGAUAUAUGCAAAAAACUUGGUGAAUGCAGAUCGUUGUGCACUUUUCCAGGUAGAUCAUAAGAACAGAGAACUGUAUUCAGACCUUUUUGAUAUUGGGGAAGAAAAUGAAGGGAAACCUAUCUUCAAGAAGACCAAAGAAAUAAGAUUUUCAAUUGAUAAAGGAAUAGCUGGCCAGGUGGCAAGAACAGGGGAAGUCCUUAACAUCCCAGAUGCCUAUGCAGACCCACGCUUUAACAGAGAAGUAGACCUAUACACAGGUUAUACCACACGGAAUAUUUUGUGUAUGCCUAUUGUGAGUCGAGGGAGUGUGAUUGGUGUUGUGCAGAUGGUGAACAAAAUAAGUGGAAGUGCCUUCUCCAAAACAGAUGAAAACAACUUUAAAAUGUUUGCAGUUUUUUGUGCUUUAGCCUUACACUGUGCUAACAUGUAUCAUAGAAUUCGCCAUUCAGAGUGCAUUUACCGGGUGACAAUGGAAAAGCUUUCCUAUCACAGCAUAUGUACUACAGAAGAAUGUCAGCACCUCAUGCAUUUAAGAGUCCCAACAAACCUGCACAGAGAAAUUGAAUUAUACCACUUUGAUAUCAGUCCUUUUGAGGACUUGUGGCCUGCCAUUUUUGUCUACAUGGUACAUGAGUCAUGUGGUACAGCCUGCUUUGAAUAUGAAAUGCUAUGUCGUUUUAUUAUGUCUGUUAAGAAAAACUAUCGACGAGUUCCUUAUCAUAACUGGAAACAUGCAGUUACUGUGGCACACUGCAUGUAUGCCAUACUGCAGAACAAUCAUGGGCUUUUCACAGACCUUGAGCGAAAAGGACUUCUGAUUGCAUGCCUGUGCCACGAUCUGGACCACAGGGGAUUCAGUAACAGCUACCUUCAGAAGUUUGACCACCCUCUGGCAGCUCUCUAUUCCACCUCAACCAUGGAGCAGCACCACUUUUCACAGACAGUGUCCCUCCUACAGCUGGAAGGGCACAAUAUCUUCUCCUCUCUGAACUCCAGUGAAUAUGAGCAGGUGCUGGAGAUCAUCCGCAAAGCCAUCAUCGCCACAGACCUUGCUCUGUACUUUGGGAACAGAAAGCAGUUGGAGGAGAUGUACCAGACAGGAUCGCUAAACCUUAAUAAUCAAGCACAUAGAGACCGGGUAAUUGGUCUAAUGAUGACUGCUUGUGACCUUUGUUCUGUAACAAAGCUAUGGCCAGUUACAAGAUUGACAGCUAAUGAUAUAUAUGCAGAAUUCUGGGCUGAGGGUGAUGAAAUGAAGAAAUUUGGAAUCCAGCCUAUCCCUAUGAUGGAUAGAGACAAAAAAGAUGAAGUCCCUCAAGGCCAACUUGGCUUCUACAAUGCUGUAGCGAUUCCCUGCUAUUCUACUCUAAUGGACAUCUUGCCUCCUACUGCACCCCUGCUCCGGGCAUGCAGGGAUAAUCUUGAGCAAUGGGAGAAAGUGAUUAGAGGAGAGGAAAGUCUUUUAUGGCUUCGAAACCAGCCAAAUCCAGAGACAUCUAGAGCACAGACUUUGAAGAAUGUUCAACAAUGAUUAUUAAUAUUCGCCUGAAGGCUCAUCCUCAUCCCUCUCUUUUUUAUAUUAUUUUGUGGAAGGAACAUGAAAAAGAAAAAAAAUGCCACACCUGCUAACUGGGACACAAACCUUUUCAAGGAAGGUAACAUCAAGGAGAUAUCUCAACUGGAUGACUACCUGCCAGUCUCAUCUGUGAAGUACUAUAAACAAUGAGAAACUAGGACUACUCAUGUUUUGGAAUUAGCUGUCCAAGCGAACUCUAUUUGACUUGCAAAGUGGCCUUUUCUUGUAGGCUUUUGCUGAAGCCUUAAUUUAAAACUGAAGAAAACUAUACUAUGGGGGUACUUUUUAAGUUGUAGCUUUCUAGAAAGGGUUCAAAAUGGUACUU